CCUACACUCAUUCUCACGUCUUGACCUCCCAGAGAUACUCGAACACAGCGUUCGGAGGAAUAACGCAUGGAUCCGCCUUGAGCGCUACCACCUUUCGCGUUGGUUUCCGCGUCUUUCCGAGCGCCCGCUGCCGCCGGACGCUCCCCCCGCUGCACUUGUUGCGCAGAGACUGGAUGCGCCGCUCGGUCCUUGGAGAGGAGGCAGGGACGGACUGCAACAGGUGCAAACAAAGCAUCUCCUCCACACGGACUGUAGAACAAAAUAACACCUUGCAUGCAGAUUUGAGGAACCUUUGGCCGUUUUAAGCCGUCUUCGCGCGCACUAAGCCGGGAUGCCAGUCCUGACAAGCCCCGACAUCGCUAAUAUGUUCCAGGAGAAAUGGUUGGCAAUUUACCAGGAAGAUCAGACCGGCGGGUUUGGGUCGGUCCCCCUCGAUGACAGUCUCACCAGCCUUCACUGGCUUCAGAAUUUCUCCAUCCUCAGCGCGGACCCGGAGCGAGCCAACGGUGCCGCUCCGGGCUGUCCGUCCUCGCAGCAACACCUCUUUCUCCGGCGCCUGGGCUUCCCCAGAGGAGGCACCGAUUCUCCGUCCAGCCCGCAGGCCGGGGACACCGCCGCCACCGGGAUGCCUCUGUACCUCGGGAGCCCCGUUACGUCCGGCAGCGACUACACGACUGCCCCGCGGUUCUCCAGCUGCGCGCAUCCAGCGCCCGGCUGUCCGCAAAUGCCGAUUCAAGCCAGUCCGCCGGUGGAGGUCGACUAUAAAACCAACCCCAAAGUCAAACCGCCCUAUUCCUACGCCUCUCUCAUCUGCAUGGCCAUGCAGGCCAGCAAACAGCCCAAAGUGACUCUCUCCACCAUCUAUAACUGGAUCACAGAGAAUUUCUGCUACUACAGACACGCGGAGCCCAGCUGGCAGAACUCGAUUCGUCACAACCUGUCCCUCAACAAGUGUUUCAAGAAGGUCCCCAGACGGAAAGAUGAGCCGGGGAAGGGAGGCUUCUGGCAGAUUGAUCCUCAGUACGCUGACAUGUUUGUCAAUGGCAUCUUCAAGCGCAAGAGGAUAUCUGCCAAUCACUACAAUGGCGGCAGCGCUGGUGGCGCACACAGACAGAGCAAGGGGCUUCAGGGUUACCACAGCACCCAAAAUGGCUGCCCGUACCAGGGAGCGGGUGGCAAACGAAAGCACCCCCCCCCUAAAAGCAGCAACAAGGCCAUGAGGCCGAGCGAGUCGCCGCUUUUAGCGACUGAAGCCCACAGAGCCGAUAUCCUGAGGGGAGACUUUGACCUGGCGUCUGUGUUCGACGAUGUUCUCGGUGGGAACUGCAGCACGUUUGAGGACUUGGACAUCAACACGGCGCUGAGCUCCCUGGGCUGCGAGAUGGAGGCGCCCACGCAGGGGAGGCAGCACUCGGCAGGGGUUGGGAGGUGGUGUGGAGGGGGAGACGUCCUGGGUCCGAGCCAACACGUGGGCCACCAUCUAUCGUACGGGUACGUGGACCUCAGCGCCAUUUCAGUGGAGCUGGCGGUCAAUAUGGGAGACCUCCAUGGGCAGCAGCAGCAGCAGCAGCAGCAGCUGGACCAGGAUCAGCUGCUCCACGGUCAUCACCACCUGCAGCAGUUUGAGGAGCCUUCCAUGAUUUUCCCUGAGCGGCUGGAGGAAGCGGUGCUUCAACCCUGGGACGAGAUCAAAGAAGAGGCACAGACCAUUCCUCUGACUUUGGACCAGGGCUUUGGCCUGUGUGAAGGACUCUUCACAGAGAUGCAGCCAUGGGAACCAGUGGAGGCCUAUCUGUGACCUUUAACCCCCAGAAGUGCUGGGCUAAUCUAUAAAGAAUAACACUGGGGACAGAUUGGGUGAUAGGCUCCAGUCAUUCUGCAAUAAACUGCAUUUUUAUGAAUGUUGUUUUUAUAACAGUUCUUUUUUGAUGGUUUUGAGAUCUGAUCGUUUUUGCUGGGCUUUCCUGACCCGGCUCCAGAUUCGGAGGUGAUUGACAGGAGGCGGUGUGUAACAUGAUGCAGAGCUGGUAUCAGGCACAGAGGAGGCACUGACAACACAACGGAGUCACUUUGAUAAAUUAAAGUUUCAUGCAGAGAAGAAAUGUCUCACUAAAAUCAAAGGCAGCAAAAAGGCUUCUUCACAUAGAAAAGACAUGAAGAAGAGCUGUGCUGUGUGUGCACAUUGAGCUAACAUCCUUUUGAUGGAAACCUUGGAAUAAAUUGGUGGCUGAUAAUAAAAGAAGGUUGAGCACCUUCUCUAUGCGAAGGAUAGGACCGAACUGUAAAAAGAAAACACCUUCACAGCACUCUCCACAAAAAAGCACUGUCAGCAUGAGACUGAGACGACGGCUCUAAUCUGCUACAUUAGCAUUUAGCGUUAUUCUACUAACAUGCAGUGAAAUCAGCCAUUCAACUCAGUUCUAAAGUCUAAUGUUUCUAAUAUUGUGUAAUGGUAAACAUAAAACUAUACAAGCUGGAUGGAGGUGGCAGAACUUUAAACUCAUAGUCUGAAAUUAGAAAACCGUCAUGUAUGAUCUUAUACUCAAUAUAAUAUAUAUUAAUUCAAACCCAAGCAUUAAGCUAGACUUGAACAGUUUUGUAUUGCAAAGAGGAGCAGAACUUAAAAGGACUGAUGAAAUGGAACGUUAUGCACUUUGAUAGGCAACAGUUUGACCCAAGCAUGUUUUUUUUUACUGUAUUAAAUUAUGUUUUCUGACGUUUUCUUUUUUAAAAUUUUCAAAUCACUUCUUUUUUUUACCAACAAAUCCAACACUGAAUUAAGUCAAUUGCACAAUUUGCAAUUGUAUAAAAAAACUGGGCAUUUUUAUUAUAUUUCACCAAAAUUUGUUUAUACAGAAAAUGCAGUUUGCUGUUGUCUCUAUGUUAAUUAAUAAGAAAUGAUGUGAGUUAUGUUUAUUCCACUAGGUGAUGGAUUUUCAUUUGUUUAUACUGAUUAUUCUGGUCUUUUUUUAUUUGUAUGUCUUGUUUUCAUAAGUCUGAAUUUCAAAUCAUAUAUGACAUUAAUACCUAUUGGUUUGGGGGGGAAAUGCAUAAAUUCAACUGUUAAGGUCCAGAUUUUGUAUUGUAUUAUAUUAAUCAUGUUUAAAAUGAGCUGUUUAAUAUUGCCAUGCUAAUUUCAUUUGUACUUUUCAAGCUGUUUAAAAAUGCAAUCAAGCAUUGAUGCAAUAAGUGGUGUUAAUUAAAGAAAGAAGUAAUAACA